AUGGAUCACAGUGGACAGGGCACCAAAUCAUUAUUUGAGGUAGAGUACCCUACAGGAGACUGCGUCUGGCUUCUCUAUCAUGAAGUCUCCCACCUCAAAGCCGUCAACCAGUACCUCGAAGGUUUGGGAGUCCCUGGCAUCAAACACUUACCGAAGAAAAUUUUGGCCUCCUCCUAUGAGAUGAGUGUUGCUAUGCUGGACCAUUCCACUAAUUCACAAUGGGAGUACUUAAGCUUCUCCUCUCAGACCUCUUCCUUAUCCAGAUUCCCAGCAGUUCCUCCUACCCUCACCAUGCCUCCUAAUAGACAUUGUGGUCCCUUUAUGUGCAGAUGCGAAGGAUGUCAUAACCAGGAUCUCUCCCCUGCUGCUCGAGAACCUAACUCCAAGGUUCUCAUGGCUUUCACUCAUUUCUUUAAUGCUGAAGCCCAAGCCAAGGAGCUUGCCACCCACAAAGAAAUGCAUGUGUAG